CCGCCCCGCGCAGAGCCCCGCGGUGGGCGCGAUGGCUGGAGCCCCGCAGCCCGGCUGCCCGGCUCCCCGCGUUUCCGGCGGCAGCCAGGGCGGCUGUUCCGAGGGCGCGGCAUGAAGGUGGCGGUGCUGGACCUCGGGGCUCUCCUGGCCAAACUCUUCGGGACCCCGAAGGCACCCCCCGCGGCCCCCUCCCCGGGGGGCUCCUCCGGCCCCCCGGGGGGCUCCUCCGGCCCCUCGGGGGGCGCAGGGUCUGCGGGCGCCGUCCGGACCCCGACCCCGACCCCGACCCGCACCCUGCUCCCCGCGCUGGCCCCCGACGCCGGCUCAGCCCCGCGGGGGGCGCCCGCCGCGCUGCGCCCUCCGCUCGCUGCCUCCCACGCGCGGGUCGCGGCCGCCGGAGCGCUGGGGUCGCCUUCGCCCUCGGCCGGCAGCUCCAGAGCAGCCAAGCUCCCGCCGGCGCCGCCGCCUCUGCCCGCGAGCAGCGCGGGGCGCAGCGCCCCGGGGUCCCCGGCCCAGCGAGCGCUCCCCGGGGGAAGGGAGCCCAGCGCGCCCAAGGCGCCGGGGCCUGGCCCCAGGACCCUGCUCUUCACCCUGCCGCACAUCGGCGAAGAGCGGCCCUCGGACAGCGACUCGGAGGACGGCGCAGAAGGAAGAGGACUGUCAGAAGGACCUAGAAAGCACAGUUUUGCUGCGAAAAACAAAAAGCCUUUACCUCUAUGUUUCACAAGAAAUGUGCAGAAGGCCAUUAAUAAAUAUACCAGUGAAUCCCCAUCAUCAGCCUCAUCCAGUGGAACCUGCACGCCCACCGAAGCCCACCACUCGUGGGCUGUGUCCUCGACACAGAGUUCUACCACCGGCCUGUCCACAGAGAGGAGCUCAGUGUAUUCCUGGAGGGAUGAUGAAUUUGAUAAAGCCAAUGCCCAGAAGGUGCAACAGCUAUUUUGGGAGGUGGAGGAAAUGUUAUUUGAAGGGAAAGUAGGUGCUCAGACUCAGAACCUGCUGGUGGAAUGCAGUGAAUGGGCAAGCAGGUCCCUCCACCUGAGAGUAUUAGGAAGACAGCUCAUCCUGCCGACUGAUGAAGGGUUCCAACACUUCCAGGGCAGCCUGCCAAGUUCUGCCAGCCACAAACCCUUUCCUGAUGCCCCUGAACCCAACAGCAACGUCAGACAGUUGUGCAUCUCUGGCUCUCAGAUAGUGCCAGCAGCACUUGCAGCCGCUGCCCUGCCAGACUCCGAUGGCACAGGCAUUGAAAGCCAAGCAGCAUGUUCAUGUCUGGAAGAAGAGGUUUAUGGUGUGGAUGGGAAGAUUGAAGAGUAUUUUGCUUUUGAUAGAAGAGAGGAUGGUGAUGAACAACUUGAACAAAAGCCAGCUGGCGCUGGCAGGAAGUGGCGUAAACACGGACUUCCUCCCAUCUCCCCUCACGACUGUAUCAAAGACACUGUGGCAGCGGAAGUGUUCGAUCAUGUCUGGACAAAUAUGGUAGAAAUAUUGGGGGAGCUAAUUCAGAAGCACUGGGAAACUGCACUGACAGAAGGAAAACAACUGAAAGAAAAGUUCAAACCAGCUGAAACCAGAUCUCCACGUGUGUUCAUGCCUCGCCUUAGCACAGAUGUGCCAAGCGCUCCCCCGUCCAGAAGUUCUGAAACUCGCUGUGUGUCCCUGGCUUCGCAGCUGAAUCCACCUCAGAUUCAUCGCUUCUCCAACAAUUUCUGUAGUGAUUUGAACGGUGUGAUGACAAUUCAAGCCAAACCUCUUCAGCAGAGACCUACCUAUUUUGCAGACAGAACACAGAGUGAGCAGGAGGACAAAUCAUCUGCUGCAGGCAUUGGGGCCUUUUCCUUUGUUCGUCACCGGAUGGGGCGGAGCUCAGAUGCAAGAGGAUUACAGACUUCUGCCAAGAAAACAGUGAUGCACAGGAGGCUGCCUUCUCUUACGUCAGAUUCACUGAGAAUAAAAACCCCCAAUGUGUACAGUGAUGAAAUUCUUAGGGGAACAAAACUGCAAACUGGUAUAGACCACCUGUCUUCCCCACCAAUUCAGACUUCCCGCAGCCGGUUGCCUCCAAUUGGCUCAGACUCUGGGGAACAGAACACAGCACUUUCUGGAUCCCGCUCUGUAUCCCACAGAGGAAGGAAUCCACCCAGCCGGGUGUUAAGCGCAGUGCCUGACUGCAUAGAACGAUCACCUCUUCGAGAAAGAACCAUGGAGCAGCUCUCAAGGCCCAGCACAACUCACACCUUCCGGUCGGAUACACCUCGAAAAGGUUCAUUGACCCUGAUGGAAAUUGCCCACCACACGUGGACAGGUCAGAGUGUUUUGACAGGUUCACAGUACCUCCCUAAAUCUUUUCAGAGGACAACUUUGGCUUCAAGAAAGAGGUUCCAAGUCGCAUCUUGACACUUCUUCAUCAGAGCUGUGGACUUACACUUGAAAAGUUGAAGAACAAGUAUUAUCCUGUUUAUCUGUUUAUCGGACAGUCUGAGACAUUAGACUACCCUAGAGAUAUGCAAACAAGCGACUUAAUUUUGAACACUUUGCCUUGUCCAGAGAAUAAAGGUCAGACCCACUGCUCUUUACUGAAAGCAUUCUUGAGGUUUUUCAAGCUUUACGGAGAAGAUACUAAUGUGUGUUUAAAUUCCCUCACUUUAUCAAUUAUGUGUACGAUCAGUGUAUUCAUGUACUCAUAUACUAAUAUUACGUAAGAGUAUAUUAUCUAGGAAUCCAUUUUAUAGGUUUGUGCGUCAGCAUAUAUAUUCUAAUUCUCUUAAUAAUUCCAUCAAAACCCUAAACAUAUCACUUUUUUCUUCAGAAAAGAGUAAAGUUGUAUUUGAGACAAUCUAUUUGAAAAGGAUUCAGGUUGUCGUGGUCAUUGUUCUGACUUUCUCAUGUUUGUUAAAGUGUUUUAGUUAUGAACCACUUUGAGAAACGUCGGUGGCUAAUUCCCUUAAGCCAGUUGUGUUUUAUUAGUUUUCAUUUUUAAUCCAGGUAAUCCACUGAAAAAUGCUUUACAUUUAUUGAUUUUUAUUUUUGUCAGUUAAAUUUUUAUUAGUACAUGAUUGCACUAUAUAAUGAUUACCUUCUUUGUGGGGAGUUGGUAUGUGUACAUAACCACAUUUAUUGAUUUUUUAGAAACUGAACAUAAACAUCAUUAAAGUCUAUCGCAUGUG